AGCUCUGUGAGACUUUACAAGCAACUGUGAAAAUAUUUGGAAAUAUCCACCAGCGAGCAAGAAAACUUGUCAUCAUGUGCAGAGCACUCGAGUCGCUGCCCAUCACCUGCCUGGAGAGGGCGAAGGAGCUGAAAGCUUUGUUUGGAAGUUUACUCCAAAAGUCAGAUCACAGCAUCAAUGGCCAGGCAAAGAAAAAUGAGAAACUGAGGUUAAACGAGGACGAGCCUUUGAAAUGGAACGAGUCGUUUGAGAAGCUGCUGGCCAGUCAAAAUGGACUGUGCCUGUUCCGAGCGUUCCUGGUGUCGGAGUUCAGUGAGGAAAACAUCGCCUUCUACUUGGCUUGCGAGGACUACUGUGCAACAAAAACUUCAAAACUGUCCGCCAAAGCCAAGAAAAUCUACGACCAGUUCAUCGCCUCCGAUGCACCACGAGAGGUAAAUCUUGACCAUUUGACCAAAGCCAUCACAAAGGAGAACAUGGAGCAUCCCAACGAGUCCUGUUUCAGCCUGGCCCAAGCCAAAAUCUACACCCUGAUGGAGAAGGACUGCUACCCUCGCUUCCUCAAGUCCUCCGUUUAUCUGGAGAUCAGCAGGAAGGCCAAAACUGGCUAACAAGUUUGAAAUAUCCUGCCAAUAGCAGACGUAAAAGGGACAUAAGCUUACUGACGCACAGCGGAGACUGGAAAAGUUCACACGGAACAAACGCCUCACCCCGAGGAGUCUCGAGCCAGGUUGCGGAGUUAUAUUUGGGACCAGAUGUUGCAUCCAGAUGGGCGUCCGAGCUGGAAGAAGACAUGAAGCUGUGAGACGAAGAGACUGACACAGAGCCAGCUGUAGGCUCUGAAACACCAGAACUGUACAUACAGGGCUGCAUGACCGGCAGGCACAGUGGCAUAAAUUAUAAAAAUGCAGAUUUAACACGAGUUUCACACAACCAAUCUAUCACUGGGAGAAACUCAACAGCAUUAUUUAUUUAUUAUUUAUUAUUUAAAGUAUUUUUAUUAUUAUUAUUAUGUGGUGAAAAGUGUAUUUUAUAUGUUUUAUCUGAAGUACU